CUCAUUCCUUACUACUUCUCGAUCUCAUAUUGACAACCAUGGCUAAGACUAAGCUUGUUGCUCUUUCCUUCUUAGUUUUGCUGAGUAUCGGCCUCUCCGAGGCAGGCCGAGCGUUGAUGUCUUCAGGUGGAAGUGGUGGUGGAGAAGGUGGCGGGGGAGGUGGUGGCUCUGGAAAUGGCUCCGGUUCCGGAUAUGGUUCCGGCUCUGGUUAUGGCGAAGGAGGUGGAUCCGGGGCUUAUGGUGGUGGGUACGGAAGAGGUGGAGGCGGCGGGGGCGGAGGCGGUGAAGGGGGAGGCAGCGGCUCUGGCUAUGGGUCAGGAAGUGGGUACGGGUCUGGCUCUGGAUAUGGCGCCGGUGGAGCGCAUGGUGGAGGUUAUGGAAGCGGUGGAGGUGGUGGAGGUGGCGGUGGCUCCGGCGAGGGAAAUGGAAGUGGAAGUGGAUCGGGCUACGGAUCCGGCAGUGGGUCAGGAUACGGCAAGGGAGGUGGUGCCCAUGGAGGUGGUUACGGAAGCGGUGGUGGUGGCGGCGGUGGCGGCGGCUCGGGCUCUGGGUCUGGCUAUGGUUCUGGCUAUGGGUCAGGAUACGGGAGUGGAGGUGGUGGACACCCUUAACUCCUGGGUCUGCAACCGAUCGACCGCUUGAAGCCCCUCCUUGUCGUACUCCAAGAGCCGAGUCACUCAAUCUUUCUUUCGUGUUUGUUUAUUUUGGUUAUAGAUAUUGCUGUAAUAAAAAAAUGGAGGGGCUUCGGUCUCUAAAUUGAAAAAAUAAUGGUUGUCAACAGCACAAUAGUUACCAUUACCAGAUUUCUUUUCUAUA